AUGAUCAAUACUCAAACUAAUGACAUUCUCGCACCACCAACUCAACUAAUUUUCAUUCAAUAUUUAUCCUUUCUUAUGGAUAGUUCCUUUCACAUCACCAUUCCUAUUAUUCGAAAGCGAAUUUCAUUUGGUUUUGAUCCAAUUUUCGGUUUCGUCCCAUUCGUUGGAGAUUUCAUAUCCUUUGGUGUCUCUUGUCUAAUUCUUAUCAUGAUUUGGCGACAUGGAAUGUCAUUUUCCAUUCUAUGUAGAAUGGGAGUCAACAUUGUACUCGAUUUUCUAAUAGGAUGUAUUCCAAUUAUUGGAACAAUAUUUGAUUUCUUCUUCAAAGCCAACAAGAGAAAUUGGAAAAUGCUCUGCAAAUAUUACAACUUUGAUCCAGAAAUGUAUAAAUUCAAGAAAGAUUUUGUCGACUUGUAUCGUGAAUAUAGAAAGAAACAACUUAACAUUAAUCCUCAAUCAACUGUUUGA